ACAAAGAAAGUUCCGGAUUAACCAAAGGUCGCGAGAUAUACGGCAUCGUGAGAGAGGAUUGAGUUCAGUGUUGCGUCUGUUUUCAACAAAUUCACACUUAAACGAAAUUUAAUUGUUUGAAAAUGCCACGAGGAAGCAGAAGCCGUACGUCCAGGAUGGCCCCUCCAGCCAGCCGGGCACCACCAUCUCCUCCACCCAUGGCCAGAGCGGCACCCCCUCCUUCCCACGCCCCAGCUCCGAUGCAGGCCCCUCCAUCCGCCGUGGGUGCGCCAGCAGCACCCAGGCAGCCGGGCAUGUUUGCCCAGAUGGCAACUACAGCGGCCGGGGUGGCGGUGGGCUCCGCGGUGGGACACACCAUCGGCCACGCCAUGACGGGAGGCUUCAGCGGGGGAAGCUCCGAGCCAGCCAGGCCUGACGUCACCUACCAGGAGCCGUACCAGGCCCAGCCCGCGUACCAGCAGCAGCCACAGUCCAUGUACCAGCAACCUCAGCAACAGGCCUGCUCCUACGAGCUGAAGCAGUUUAUUGAGUGCGCCCAAAACCAGAGCGACCUCAAGCUGUGCGAGGGCUUCAGUGAGGUGCUCAAACAGUGCAAGUUUGCUAAUGGUAUGUCAUGAGAUGGAGACAAAAUCCUGCUGAGUGAAGAUCACACAUAUUUUCAUCAGUGUACCGGAUAACUAGGAGUGUGCCUCACAAGAAAUCAAUCAAUAAACUUUAUUUUGACAACAUCAGCAUCUUUAUUUCUUAUGGGAGCUUGUAAUCAUAGUCUUAUAAAUAAUGUUUAUAUGUUUUGGUGUGACAUGUUGUGAGUUUAUUGUUUUGCCAUGCUUGUAAUUUAAAAAAAAAAUCUCUCAUAUAUGACAAGAUUCAUAGAAAAAGUAAAUAAGAAUAAACACCUUCCACCAUCGGCUGGUUUGCUUGUAACAACUUUAGGAAUAAAAAAUAAAGCACUUGAACCAUAAA